CCGGAAGGAGCAUGCGCAGCCGGCUGGCACGUGACCACCACUCUCGCCCGACGUAACGCCCACUCCCCGCACGAGCCCCUCCCGUGUGGGAGUUCCUCGGGGAGGAACAAUCUUCCGGGUGGAGGGGGAGGCGGCGUGACUGGAGUGGAAAAUUUUUUUCCGACACAACUUAGCAGCGGCCACUGAUUGAAAGGAGCACGAGGAAGCCAGAGUGUGAACUCAGAUGACGGCAUGAAACGUUUCCUCUUCCUCCUGACUUUUUAGCCGCGCCACUUAACGCGAGCCCCUACUGUAUUUUCCACCCCUCCGUCUUGGUACGGCCCUUGGAAUACGGAGCCUGCCGAGGGUCCCACGCUGGACGCGAGCGAGGAGGAGUCAGAAGGGACGUUAGAGGUCACCCCAAGCCGCCGCCCCCUCUGCAGCCUCUGACAAGUGCUUUUCAGGUUCAUACUUAAGGAUUCAUAGCUUUCUUCUGAAGAACUGAAAGUCCAUUCAUGUGAAUUAUUUAUUUUAUCAUACAUCCUUUCUGUGUGAUUGAACAUUUUCAUGAUCCCAAAGGAAAAGAAGAGACUCAUUCGGGAUGUUUGACGGUUAUGAUAGCUGCAGUGAGGACACAAGUAGCAGCUCCAGCUCUGAGGAGAGUGAAGAGGAAGUUGCUCCUUUACCUUCUAAUCUCCCAAUUAUCAAAAACAAUGGACAAGUCUACACAUACCCAGAUGGCAAAUCUGGCAUGGCUACCUGUGAAAUGUGUGGGAUGGUUGGUGUGCGAGAUGCUUUUUACUCCAAAACAAAGCGUUUCUGCAGUGUUUCGUGUUCAAGAAGUUAUUCGUCUAAUUCCAAGAAGGCAAGCAUUUUGGCCAGACUUCAGGUAACGGGUAAGCCUCCAACAAAGAAAGCAAAAGUUCUUCAGAAACAACCUUUAGUUGCUAAACUAGCCGCAUAUGCUCAGUAUCAAGCUACCUUGCAAAAUCAAGCAAAGACUAAAGCAGUAGUCUCCAUGGAAGGUUUCAGCUGGGGUAACUACAUCAAUAGCAAUAGCUUUAUAGCAGCUCCAGUUACCUGCUUUAAACAUGCACCUAUGGGGACCUGCUGGGGUGAUAUCUCAGAAAAUGUGAGAGUAGAAGUUCCCAAUACAGACUGCAGCCUGCCUACCAAAGUCUUCUGGAUUGCUGGGAUUGUAAAAUUAGCAGGUUACAAUGCCCUUUUAAGAUAUGAAGGAUUUGAAAACGACUCUGCUCUGGACUUCUGGUGCAAUAUCUGUAGCUCUGAUAUCCGUCCAGUUGGCUGGUGUGCAGCCAGUGGGAAGCCUCUUGUCCCUCCUAGAACUAUUCAUCAUAAGUAUACGAACUGGAAAGCUUUUCUAGUGAAACGACUUACUGGUGCCAAAACACUUCCUCCCGACUUCUCACAAAAGGUUUCAGAAAGUAUGCAGUAUCCUUUCAAACCUUGCAUGAGAGUAGAAGUGGUUGACAAGAGACAUUUGUGUCGAACACGAGUAGCAGUGGUGGAAAGUGUAAUUGGAGGACGAUUAAGACUAGUGUAUGAAGACAGCGAAGAUAAAACAGAUGACUUCUGGUGCCAUAUGCACAGCUCACUGAUCCAUCAUAUUGGCUGGUCUCGAAGCAUAGGCCAUCGAUUCAAAAGAUCUGAUAUUACAAAGAAACAGGAUGGACAUUUUGAUACACCACCACAUUUAUUUGCUAAGGUAAAAGAAGUGGACCAGAGUGGGGAAUGGUUCAAGGAAGGAAUGAAAUUGGAAGCUAUAGACCCAUUAAAUCUUUCCACAAUAUGUGUGGCAACCAUUAGAAAGGUGCUGGCUGACGGAUUCCUAAUGAUUGGGAUCGAUGGCUCAGAAGCAGCAGAUGGAUCUGACUGGUUCUGUUAUCAUGCAACCUCCCCUUCUAUUUUCCCUGUUGGUUUCUGUGAAAUUAACAUGAUUGAACUUACUCCACCUAGAGGUUACACUAAACUUCCUUUUAAAUGGUUUGACUACCUCAGGGAAACUGGCUCCAUUGCAGCACCAGUAAAACUAUUUAAUAAGGAUGUUCCAAAUCACGGAUUUCGUGUCGGAAUGAAGUUAGAAGCAGUAGAUCUCAUGGAGCCACGUUUAAUAUGUGUAGCCACAGUAACUCGAAUCAUUCAUCGCCUCUUGAGGAUACACUUUGAUGGAUGGGAAGAAGAAUAUGACCAGUGGGUAGACUGUGAGUCUCCUGACCUCUAUCCUGUAGGGUGGUGUCAAUUAACUGGAUAUCAACUACAGCCUCCCGCAUCACAGUCGACAAGAGAAAGCCAAUCAGGUUCAUCAAAACAGAAGAAAAAGGCUAAGUCCCAGCAAUACAAAGGACAUAAGAAAAAGAGGAAGAUGCCAAUUGGGAAGAAGCCUGUCAGUUUGUCGAGCCUGCCCAUGACAGGUGGGGUGCGGAGGAGCUUCUCUGGUGACGAAGAGUUGACUCCUCCUCCAUAUCGAACCCUGCCAGCACAGACAGCCCUGGAGGCCUUCCCACCUCCCAGCACUAGCCAAGAGUUCAGUCCCAGCCUCAAAACAGUGACUCCAUUGCAGCUGAAGGAGGAGUUGAUAGAUGGAGAGGACUACAGUUUCCUGCAAGGAGCAUCUGACCCGGAAAGCAAUGGCUCUGCCAACUUCUACAUCAAGCAAGAGCCCUGAGGGGCUCAGGAACGGAGGGUGGGAGGGAAGUUUCCACGGGACUGAUUGUAGUCCACCCAGCUGUACGCGGGGCUGUUCUACUGGGACAUUUUGCUAAACAGAAAAUUUCAGUUCCAGAUUUUUCAGGUGCGUGGGGAAACUAUUUUAGUCGUGGGGGGAAAUUUUUCAAUUUAUAAAGAUGGACAAUUUUUGUGUUGUAUUUGAAGCUUUUGAAAGAAUUUUGUAAUAUU